UUUAUUUUAGAAAGAAGAAAGAAGAAAGACGAAAGGUUGGUGAGAGUCGGGAGGAGGAAGUUGUCAAUGGAUCCUUACUCCGAGGAAAGACUAACCCAAGAGGUCCUCCAUCUUCAUGCUCUCUGGCACCGAGGCCCGCCGCCGAGGAACCCUAUACCCACUCACAACCAUUCAUCCACCCCCCUCGCCAAUCCCAUUCCCUCCAACAAGAGACCCAUAGGUCCAGAUAAGCCAAAGAACAAGAACAAGAACAAGAAAAAACCACGCCCCGACCCACCACAACCACAAGACUCCGCCCCCAACUGGCCCUGUCCCCAGCCGCUUCAAAAUCAGCCCUCCACCUCAUCUUGGUGGCCGCCAAUUCAGCCCGUUCCCACUCCCGCAGCUCAGCCUGUAUCGUCUGAAGACCGACAAAAUCUUGCAGCAUUGCAAUUGCAAGACGAGGGUUCCGAUGCCUGCCGGGAAUUUUUUGCUAGAAAUGCCGAUUCAGAGAGUGACGAAGAAGAAGAGGAGGAGGAUGAAGAUGAUUGGGAAAUGAUGGAAAGUAAAGAGUAUAAAUUCUUUUUGAAGAUGUUCGUGGAGAAUGAAGAACUUAGGGUUUAUUACGAGAAGAAUUGUGAAAGCGGGUUGUUUUGUUGCUUGGUUUGUGGUGGAAUGGGGAAAAAGAAAUCUGGGAAAAGGUUUGAGAACUGUCUUGGGCUUGUUCAACAUUCGCUUUCGAUAUCCAGGACGAAGAAGAAGCGAGCUCAUAGAGCUUUUGGUCUGGUUGUAAGCAGGGUUUUUGGUUGGGAUGUUGAUCGACUUCCAACGAUUGUGUUGAAGGGCGAGCCACUUAGUCGAUCAUUAGCCAAUUCAGGAGACUUGAAGGUUCAGCUAGAGGAAAUUCAUGUUGAUAAUGAGUAUGAAGUGGUUUCGGUGAAUGUCAAUGAGGAUGAACAGAAAUUGGAGGAAGUAAAGACAGCUGAAGAUCCAACUUCUAAUUCCAAAGAUUGGGUUUCUGGAGAGAAUGAUGAUGCCUGGGAGGAUAAUGAUGUCAUGCUGCAAGUAGGAAAUGCAGAUAAUUCAAUUUCAGGCAUGGGAGAAAGCGACGAAGAAAUGGAUAAUUUUCCUGUAACAGUUUUGAGAGCAUGUAAAGAAUUUAAUGCAGCUUUCUUUGGAUCUAUGAACGAUGAUGAUGUUAGUGAAAAGGAGUUAAUGGAUGGAGCUGAGGAGAGCGAAGAGUUCAAAUUCUUUCUGAAGUUGUUCACCGAGAAUGAAAACUUGAGAAGAUAUUAUGAGAACCACUAUGGCGAUGGAGAAUUUACCUGUUUAGCUUGCCAAGUAGCAGGAAGGAAAUCAAAGUGUUUUAAGACCUGUAGACGCCUUCUCCAGCAUUCUACUCAUCUAGGGAAGAACAAUACACAGAAUCAGGGUCAGAAGCCUCAGAAAACUAAAAUGUUGAAAACGGGAAUGCUGGCUCAUAGGGCAUAUACUUUAGUUGUAUGCAAGGUUCUUGGGUGCGACAUUGAAAUGCUUCCUGCAGUCGUGUUAAAGGGCGAAGCUCUUGGUUGUUCCUUAACGAAGUCAGAAGUGUCAAAGUUGCAGGACAAAUCUGUUGGCAAAAUGCAGUCUAGUAUUAUGGAUGAUAAUGUUGAAGAUGACUCGACAAAGGUUAACGAAUUGGAGGGUAUCAAAUAAACUGAUUCUAUGAAGGUUGAUCGCAAUGGUGAAGCUACUUUGAAGGAUGGUGGCUCUGGAUUUUGUAAAGUGAGGUGUUAUUGACAGUUAAGAACAUAGAUGUGAUUUGAUUAGGUAACAGCCUUAAUAGUAAAAUCUGCCUUCAGCAAAGUUUGAUGAAGGUCGUUUUGUGACAUUUUGGCUGUUUAUGAGAUUAUGAGAUGUAGGCCUAUUCAACAGAAAAUCAUUUUACCAAAUUUGUUCUUUUUCCUUUAUUCUGUAUUUUUGUCUUUUGCUUCUGUUUGAUAUAUGAUGUAUCCUUUAGAUUUAUAAAAUACAGAUGUGAAGGGGGUUUGACACACCCAUUUGAGAUGAGUUUAGUUGUUAUAAUAUAUCAACUCAUUGUUUAGCU